CUCGUUGAGAUUCGCCGUCUCCCCCUCCUCCCCUCUCCUCGUCUAAAGAGGCCAGAGGGCGGAGCCAGGCAGCGCCGCCGUCCGCUAGCCGUCGCGGCCUCCUGCUCCUCCUCUGCCACCGCCUCCCAACGCGCCGAGGCCGAGGGCGACGGAGAAGAAGGUGGGAGGUCGUCCGUGGGGAGAUUCUGGAGCGCGCGUGUGGAGAGAGGCGGAGCCGACUCCGUCGCCGCAGCUUCUCACCGCGCCGGGGCCGGGGAGGAACAGAGGGAUCGAGGGAGAGUUAGCCCGAGACGCUUCGCGAACGUUCCAGAAUGGUGCACUGGGUUAGCGACAGCGAGGAUAGUGAUAAAUUCGAGUGGGACAGUGAUGAGGAGGAUGCGGUGAGCUUCAACGCCGCUGGUUCUGGUUCUUCAGCUCUGGCAUCAACGAACAUUGAUGCUCCUGGCCCCUCGACAAGGGUUGCUAAUGGUAAUGGGAAGGCUGGGCCAUCUGCAUCUGCAGUUCAGGAAUAUGUGGAUAUGGGUUUCCCGGAGGAGAUGGUUCUGAAGGCCAUGAAGGAUAAUGGGGAUAACGGGGCAGAUUCAUUAAUCGAACUUCUUCUUACCUACAAGGCCAUAGGCAAUGAUCCUUCUUUGGAGAACGGCUCUGCUUCUCACUGUGACCCCCAAGCUGCAAAGGAUAGUGACGAUGAUGACAAUCUAGAAAACUGGGACGAUGAUGAUGCUGGUGGGAGAAACAGGGGUCCUACCUUUGAUGAAUCCGAUGACGAGGAUUUCUUACAUGAGAUGUCACAGAUUGAUGGGAAAGUUGAUUACUUGGUGAAAAUGGGAUUUCCAGAAGAUGAGGUCAACAUGGCUGUUACUAGAUGUGGGCAGGAUGCAUCUAUUUCUGUUUUGGUUGAUUCGAUCUAUGCCUCACAAACAGCAGGUGGUUGCUGUGGCAAUUCUUCUGACCAUGAGGAUAAUUCCUAUGGAGGGAGAAAGAAAGGAAGGCCCAUGGAAGGGAACAAGAGAAAGAGAAAGAGGUUUGGAGGUCAAGCACAAGGAAGUAGAGGGCCCCUAGAUGGUAGUGAUGAUGAGUCGAUGCGUCUCCCAAAACCAAUGGUUGGUUUUAACUUGCCAAACGGGUUAAGGUCAGCGAACAGAUCACUACCUGGACCGGCUAUUGGGCCACCAUACUUCUAUUAUGAGAACGUGGCACUCGCCCCGAAAGGUGUUUGGACUAAAAUAUCAAGAUUCCUCUUUGAUAUUGAGCCAGAAUUUGUAGACUCAAAGUUCUUCUGUGCUGCCGCCAGAAAGAGAGGCUACAUACAUAACCUGCCUCUCGUGACCAGGUCACCUCUACUUCCCUUACCCCCAAAGACAAUAUUUGAGGCCUUCCCUCGUACCAAGAAGUGGUGGCCCUCAUGGGAUCCAAGACGACAAUUUAACUGCCUUCAGACUUGUGUGGCUAGUGCUAAGUUGACAGAGAGGAUUCGCCUAGCCCUAACAAAUAGUGAAGAUCCGCCUCCUGUAAGAGUUCAAAAGUAUGUGCUUGAAGAAUGCAGAAAAUGGAAUUUGGUAUGGGUUGGUCUCAACAAGGUUGCUCCUCUAGAGCCAGAUGAGAUGGAGUUCCUACUCGGCUUCCCGAAGGAUCAUACCAGAGGAAUCAGCAGGACAGAGAGAUACCGGUCCCUGGGCAACUCGUUCCAAGUGGACACUGUUGCGUACCACCUCUCGGUACUCAAGGACAUGUUUCCACAUGGCAUGAAUGUGCUAUCCUUGUUCUCUGGUAUUGGAGGGGCCGAGGUGGCUCUCCACAGGCUUGGUAUUCGCAUGAACUAUGUAAUUUCUGUAGAGAAAUCUGAAGUGAACAGAACCAUUCUAAAGAGCUGGUGGGAUCAGACGCAAACAGGCAAGCUGAUUGAGAUUAGCGAUGUGCAAACACUGACAUCGGAGAAGAUCGAGGCAUAUAUUAGAAGAAUUGGUGGUUUUGAUCUAGUUAUUGGAGGCAGUCCGUGCAACAACCUGGCUGGGAGCAACCGUCACCACAGAGAUGGCUUGGAGGGCGAACAUUCUGCACUGUUCUUCCAUUAUUUUAGGAUUUUGGGCGAUGUGAAGGCCAUCAUGGCUCGUCUGUAGUUUCUGUGUAUCUUUGUUGUCUUGUUCCAGAAUUUUAGCAUUUUUCUUUUUUUGUCGAACUAGUGAAUGAUUUGAAGGCUGGCUGGUGUCAUUCACAUGUUACUCUAAUUUAGGCUUCUUUAGUUGCCUUUGGUGAUCAAUGCAAAAUUGUCAUAUUGGCACA